AUGUUCAGAUUCACGCGUCCGUUGCUGCAACAAGUCACUAAGAAGACGACUGGUAUUGUGGGUCUUGCCGUCCACCCAAACCCGCUCCCAGAACUCUCCAACACUUAUAAUUCGACGCUCAGCGUCCUUGCUUCAAUACCGCCGACCUCCGUCUAUAGACAGGGCGUCGAGGCACUCACCAAACACAAACUCAACAUUGUACAAGGCGCAAAUGGAGACAUUGCAAGUGUAGAGAAGCAGUUGGAUGAGGGGCAAAUCGAGGAGUCGUUGGAUAUUGCUAAUGAUGAGCUGAAGUUGGCUGAGAAUAUGCUUGAAUGGAAAGCUUGGGAGCCUCUGGAAGAGAAGCCAUCACCUGGUCAAUGGGAGUACUUUGGCAAUACAGCGAGCCCGACAUCUUCGUAG